CAACUAACACUUGGCCGAAUAUAACGGAGUAAGCUGAGAUAAGGGAUCUAUAAUGUGUUUCGUAUUUAUAAAAGGGGAUUUCAUCGGUUAACUGGUAAAAUACAAAAGAGGCAAAACACAGCGAGACGAUGGCCUGGUAACAAAGCUAAAUAAUUGACCAAUGGAUAGCGCGAACAGUUCAGAAGCUGUUGACACGGAAUAUGAUACGCUGCAAAAAGUACGUGAAAUCGAGUCAGCGGCCAUAGAGGCAAAUGAAGCCGUUUCCUUAGCAACGGAGGCCGCUUCACGUGAACUCAGACAUACGGUGAACGCGUUUAGUUCAAAGUUAGAACUAACUAUCGCUCACGGAAAGGUUGACAUUGAAUCAGCUGUAAAUACUGGUCAGCAAAUACUGGCCGCAGCAAUAGAAGAUGGAAAACGCGAAAUCAAAAACAUUCAUUUAACCAGUCCACGCAACGAGAAUGAAGAGUAUUCCAGACAGAGCGACGAUUUACUGCGACGAUUGAAGGAGUUUUACAUUGAGAUAUUGAGUCAUGUGCCAAUAUGUCCUCUAAUGCCCAACCAGGACACCCUUUUAAGUGAAUAUACUGUUCCGCCAAAAAUAUUUGUGCUGCCCAAACGUAAAUGCAGACGUUUGGUGGAUAAGUUACGUAUAUACACAUACAAAGAUAUACUAUACACAACUGGAAAGUUAAAUAAACGGAUAUUCCUACUAGGCGAGCCCGGCACAGGGAAAUCAACAUUUGCCGCUAGGUUGGUACUUGAUUGGUGUGGUCAACCCUGUCGCGUGUAUCCUGAACAAUUCAGUGAACUCGAAACAUUAAAUGUUUUUAAAUUCGUAUUCUACAUUGAGCUUAGAGAAUGUUUGCAUCAGCGCGAGGUUUUGAAAAUGAUACAAGAACAAAUUGUAGAUUUGCUUUAUCACACUGGCGAAGACCGCAAUAACGCCCAAAGACUUGUUCAGAAAAUUAUUGAAACAGAGGUUUGUUGUGUGCUUCAAGACGGUUUAGAUGAGUGGGCUGACCCAGAAGGAAGAUUGGCCGUACCAUUGCUGAGCACCAUUGGUAAUGAGUGUACUGUCUUGACCACGUCUCGGCCGUGGAAAAUGACUGACGAACGCAUAAAAGACUCUCAGAUCGACAUUCUAUUAGAACUAACGGGGAUAAAUGACCCUUAUCUUUUGUGUAAAAUUAUAUUACGUUGCACACAAAGUGAUGAUUUUGAAUGCCAAUAUUCAGAGUUGAUAAGCUAUAUUUCCAAAUCAAAACUUGAGAGCUUAUUGCCGUCUCCGAUGAUGACAUCGCUUGUUGUCUGUGCAUGGUUGGAUGAUGUUGGUGUGGAAGGUUCAGUGACAGAAAUAUACAGCAUUUUAUUAGAUUGUCUGUUUAAAAAGGCAAACGGUAAACCAGGAUACUUUAAUCCUCCACAGUUCCGGUGCUUAGCUCACACACGGUUUAUACAGCCAAACAUUGACUUGUUUGUUGCUUUGUCAAGAGCUGCCUUUGAAUUAAUGUUUUCUGGCGAAAAAGAGACUUCAAUUGUAUUUGGAGAUCGUGAAUUGUUGAAGUAUGUAUCCAUGGAAGAAAAAUCACUUGCCUUGACUACUGGGAUUUUAUCGGAAAGGAAAUCUUCAUCGUUUACAUAUCGAAAGUCAACUUGUUUCUUUUUGCAUAAAUCAAUACAAGAGUUUAUGGCUGCGUAUCAUAUUGCCUGCAAUUUAGAUUUCGCCAGUGAUGCCCUUGCUUCCUAUCUGCAACGAAAUCCAAACGCUUAUCUUGACCUUUCUCAGGUAUUCAUAUAUGUAUGUGGAAUAGACAGUGCUGCCGCCAAUAGACUCUCGUGUCUCCUGGACGAUUACUCAAUCAUACACACUACAGUCCAUGACUGUCGAGAGCUUCAGUGCCUUAUUGUGUCUGGAUUCAAGGAAUGUCAAGCAAACAAGCAAAGUAUCACCGAUAAUUGUCUGAAACUGAGUAACUUUGACUUCGAUUACGUGAUUGAUCCAGAGGAUAUUGAUGCCUUGAAAUCUAUUUUGAUGCUUAACAUGAAUAAUAUCAACUCAAUACACGUUACCAUAGAUUCUGUGCACAUACAUGAUCUUCCAAGAAUACUAAUGUCUUCCGCGCAUUGUCUCAAACAAUUGCAUCUCAGUUUGCAAGGCACCCUUGAUGAGAUGCAUUCGUCAGCACCUCAGCAUGUCGAUGCUCGCGGUAAACAACACUCCAUCGUGUCGUUACCGGACGUGUUAUGCCGUCAACGGAAGCUACAUUCGCUAACGUUAGCAAGUAUAUCGCGGGUAGUUGAUGUUAGGAAGUGGUUAGGACAUCCUAACCAAGGUUGUUCAGAUAUUGAAUCAAUACCACUGCCACCAUCUUUAGCAUGUUUCACAUUGGCCCAUGGAAAAUGCUCUUCGUCUUGGCUGCGAAACGUUUUAAUCAAGAUGUCUACAUUCAAACACAAUGUCAAAUUCGUUUUGGAUAUGUGCACAAUAAAUCAACGUGAUGCAAGUGAAGCCAGUACACUAAGGCCUGUGUCCAACACAAUAGACCGUGCACCAUCAAAUGACAUGUCGGGAGUUUCGCUGGUGAGUGACGGGGACAGCGCCGGUUUGUAUGAAGCAAUACACGGUACGGGUGUGAGAUGUCUAACUCUGAAAGGUGUUGAAAACACAACUUUGCUAUCCGACACCGUGCUAACCCUCACAAAACUAGAGAAAUUAAGACUGGUGCUGGGCGAAUACAUCCAACUACAGCUACCGAAUCGCUUGAAGCGAUUAAUGGUCAUUUACGAAUCAUUGUCUCCAUCUUCGUUUCGCCGUAUGCUGAAUCAGUUGUCCUCUCUUGGCAGUUAUGUCGAAUGUUGCAUUUUAUUCGGAUGUGAAGCACCGCGGGAUGAAUAUACAUGUACUCCCGACAAACAGUACAUAGAUCAACUUGACCAUGUUAUUGUGAAAUCAUUUACUAAAGGAGAAGGCUUUUACGUUGUUGAUGACGUCACAUUUCAUGCCGAUGAUAUUGAGGAUUUACAUUUCUUUCGGGAUGCGAAAAUAUGGUUCAGGCAAUAUAUUGCACUUGUUGUAGAGAUCAAUAAAGACCACUGAAUGGUGCGGAUUUGAUUAUCCGUGUGAACAGUAACAUAUGAGUAUAAAUGUGUGCAUUUUUGUAUUGAUAUGAUUUGUGGAAUGUGCAACUUUAGUCAUAUUAUCAUUUAGCCAGAUAUUUUGUUCACGUAAUUUAGACACAUGCCAUUUAUUGCAAUCAUAUUAAUGAUAUUAUAACAACCCUAACAGUGUAGUGUGACUAUGUCAGGUUUUCUGCCAGUAGGAGAGAUAAUUUACAACAGUGUAUAUAACGGAUCUGUUAAUAUAAAUUAGUUUUCAUGCACUUGAUAUAUCGCACGUUGGAAAACGUUGUACUUUAGUCAUUACUAAACUGACGAUGUAACGCGUUUGGUGGUUCAUUGUGGAAAGAGCGUUAUAACAGUUAACGUUGACUCUUUAUGUAACCCAGCUGAAAAUCCCAAGCCACACUGGAGCCCUCCUACCGCGUCACUAUACACGCUAGCUCAUAUAGCAAGGCAGAAUAAGUGUCCAUUAUACGUCACCCCACUACAUACUAUCCCUCCAUAUUUAAAAUUCAUCCACGAAUUUCCUUCUGCCUUUACAUCUAUGGGAUGUCUGACAGACAACAAUGGGUUAUUUAUGUUGGGCGUCAAUGUUACCCAGCUGAAAAUCCCAAGCCACACUGAGAUUAGAACUCGGGUCCUCCCGGUUCCUAAACGAACGCGCUACCGCGUCACUAUAAAAGCUAUCUCAUAAAGCAAGGCUUAAUAGGUGUCCCUUACAAGUCACCCUACUACAUUUAGAAAAUGUGUCUGAUAUGUAUAUAAUACAUUAAGUUAUACCAAAUUCAUCUGUUAUAUAAGAGAGCCACUAAUACUUUAGUAAUGCAUGUAAGAAUUUAGAUAUAACUUGGGGUUGACACGCUCCUCCCCAAUUGCGUACUGCUUUAUCUUGACCUUGCGUACUGCGUACUCCAUUAUUUUUCUAUGUUUGUUGCUGUCUAGAUAUGAUAAAUUUAGGAAUUUUAUGAUGAUUCAAGCUUUGCGUACGACAUAACGGAUUUUUCUGUACCACGUAUCGGGCCUUUACGUAUUUUGUACGGUCUUCAACACCCCUAAAUAUUUCGUACAACAAAGGUGUUUUACCCUCAUAACUUCGGGUUAAAAGUAAGUUUUUUUAAGCAAUAAGCAUUGUUGAAUGUCUUUCGUUUUUUUCUGUCGUAUAAAUUACGAAAGCAGACUUUGGUUUUAGCCUAUUUUAUAAUACACAAAGCUAAAUGUUUGUUUGCAAUUCUUAGUUUUUACGUGCUUGAUUGAAACACUUCAAACGCCGCCAUGUUACAACCUGAAGUGCAAUUCCGAUUUCAAGUAUUAUAAACUUUAUGAUAGUUGUUUGCUGCCCUAAAGUGUAAAAACCCGAUUAAUAAACGUUCGAACAAAAAGUCAUUUUAAUUAGUGUACAAAGUUUGUUAGUUCUUUGUAAUAAAAAAUAGAUAAACAAAUUAAACAAACACUGCAAUAAAAAUAAAACAUAGCUAUAAACCAUACACUAUUGUUUAACCAUUAUGUUUGCAUUCCUGUGAACAUAAGUGAAAGCCUUAUUGGUACGCAGUAUUCGAGUGAGGAUUUAAGGCCGCACGCAGUAUGCAAAUUUCUUUUUUUCUGGUACGCAAAUUGCAAAAAAAAAUCAGUUUUGAUGAAAAGAUUUAAAUCAACAUAAUCCGCAAGUUAUUCUAUCUAGUGAACAAUAAUCGCAGUGAAAAUAAGGAGAACGCAGGGUCAUUAUAAUACCGUACCCAUUACACAAGGGGGGGGGGACGAGUUUUCCCAUCGCUAGCAGCACAAUGCUUAUAAAUUACCAUAUUAUUUAUAUGCAUAUUUGUAUUAUUGUGCCAAUGCAUAUUUUAUGUUCAGUGAUCCUUUUAACAUGGAUAUAAGUUAAUGUUUGUGCAGAUAUUAAUUGUUCUGAUCUAUCGUUAUUAAUCUUAUAGACACAAAUAAUUGGCGUCGCCCUGGAGGGCGGCGACUAGUAUGUAAUGCAUUUUUGUUUUCGCUUAUGGGAGGAGAAGUUAUUUCACGGAUCAAUGUAUAAAUUUUUGUUUUAAGAAUAUCUUGCAUAGUGGUGAUUUUUUGUGUAAAUUAGUGUAAAUAAGUACUGCAUUUGUGCCUAUUACAUUAAUUACAACAUUUAUUGCCAAUAAUGCAAAGCUAAUUGUUGUAAUUAAUAACUGAUCCACAACUGAUCACAGGGGAAAGAUCACAGGGACUGGGCAAAUACGCGAAACUUUCUGGUUUUGUAUAAAAACAAAUGAUGUUUUGUAUAAAAACAAAAAAUAAUCAAAAUAUAUUUAUUUUGUGUUUUUUUCUAAUUUGCUUAUUUAGUGGAGAAUCAAUGUAGUACGAUAUUUGACGACCUAUCGCGCAAGCAAGUUUAUUGGAAGGCGUAGUGGUACGAAAACGUACAAUGUAUUAGUUUAUUAAUAGACAUAUAAUAACGAUCGCUAUACACAACUUCACCAAAUAGCAGUACAUAAGUGAAUGUCAGCCGGAAUAGCUCAGUUGGGAGAGCGUUAGACUGAAGUUGUUUACGCAACAGUCAUCUAAAGGCCCCCCGGUUCAAUCCCGGGUUCCGGCACGAACGGAACAGUUCGGCGGCUGACAAUUUUUUCAGUCAGGUUAAUAAAUAUAAUUAAGCUUUAUUUUAUGUAGACAUUUUAAAAUCCAUUUUACUACAAUUGGAUAUUUUUAUUAAAAUUAAUGGAUGCAACGUGGUGACAACGUUAAUUAAAAUUUCUUACAUCACUUAAAUAUCUUAUAAAAAAUACACGUGUUUUUAUAUUAACAAAUAAAUGCAAACAACACAUCUA